AUGCCAAAAAAAUUAAGCAAAACCAAACCAGCGUUAAACGAGGAAGAAUUGAAAAAACGAUUUCUAGCUUGGUAUAAUAAUUCUAAUGAAAGAAGUGAAGCACGUUCUUUAAAAAAGAAUGAUACAAUAAAAAUUAAAAAAACAAGUGAAAAGAAUAAAUUUCCAUCAACCAAAACUGGAUUAAAAAAAAUUAAAGAUAAGAUCAGAAAAGAUAAUCAUCGUAAGAGAAUGGAAAAAAUGAAUAGUUAUAAUGAAGAUACAUUACAAGAUACGGAAGGAAUAAAAAGAGAUAAUAUAGAACAGAACCUUAGAUAUUUCACCUUUAACCCAAAAGAAAUCGAUAAGGAAUUAGAUGAAUAA